AUGGAUGGUUCAGAAGACUCAAUUAGAUCAGCUUUGUCUUUAGUCAAUCAGUAUUCCAAAUUCUCUGGACUGAAGCCAAAUUAUGAUAAAACUCAAUGUAUUAGGAUUGGAUCUACUGUUCAUACUGAUGAUAACUUGUGUGAUAAAUAUCAAAACUUGAUGUGGUCACAGGAACCAUUUACAGUGUUAGCCUUUGCCAGCGCUCCUCUUAUUCCCAAUGGAUGUAGAGAUGAACACUUAUGUGGUCAGUUACCCUGGUCAGAUUGGAGUCCCUGUAGUCAUACCUGUGGAGGGGGCUCUCAAAUAAGGAAGCGAGAAAUUUGUAGCUUACCAGGAUGGAGUGAGGAAGAUAUAGAUGAUCAGUGCGGAAAGACAUUCAAGAUAGAUAGAAGAAUUUGUAACGUGAAAUGUCUCAACGGAGCUAUAUUUGUUAACGAUCGUUGUAGCUGCACAACCGGUAAAACUGGCAGGUGCUGUGAAAUGGAUACCGACAAUAAAGAACUGUUUACUUCUAAAGAAAAGGCAUCGACAUUUCUACAGAGAUUUAAAAAAAGACGAAGCUUGUCUGACCUUGAUAUAAAUGAAGAAUGCACAGAAACAAAGGGUUGUGACCACGAAGAAGUGAGAGAAUAUCUGGAUUAUCAUAAUUUAGGAAACGAUGUGCACAGAAUCUUACGUCAUUUUGGUCCAGGAGAGAGUAGGAUAAAGCGCGUUUUACAAUGUGCCAAGCAUUUUCCAGCCAAUAUCAACAUCAAAACAAAGAGACUUCAGGAGAGGAAAUGUAGUGGUGGAUCUAGAGGGAGUUGGUGUGGAUGGAUGAAGAAUAGACUGUGUAAUCAACGUAACUGUGGAGCUGGAUAUUUUUGCAGAACGAUUGAAUCUAAUAGUUGUCGGUCUUUGAACGAUUACACCGUUGGUUGUCAAGCAACCUGUUCUUGGAAGCAAAAUUGGUGUUGGCCUGGAACUUGUGAGGGGUAUUUGGCCAAAAACUGUGCUUGUGACGAUGGGUUUUCUUUGUCAUCGAGAGGCUCCACCAAAAUCUGUGAUUUAAAUAUUUCUCCAACUUUGCUCACUUGUCGACUAGGAGUAGAAAGCAAUGCCGGAGAAGUAAAGAAUUCAACAUCUACAGGAUCCUGCCUGGAAGAAAAGUCGAAUUUUAUGAAUUUUCAGCCAGAGCAUUCUUCAUUUGUUUUUGAAUUUGCAUUGAAUGUUCAUGUUUCAGCACCAAAACCGGAUCGGAUUUAUGAUUAUUCAUUCGGCAUUGUAAAAGCUUCAGUAUCAGUGUCCAGAAUGAACAUACAUAGAACACGCACACAGCUCCGAGUACUUGAACCUCAUCAGUUUAACAGAUGUACCUUCAAUGGGUUUAGGAAUACCAACCCAUAUGGAAGUGUUAUAUCAUGCAAAAUGAAUUUUGAGACACCGUGGCAUUUUGAAGACGGAGAACGGUUCUGUUUGGAAUUCACGUCCUAUGUCGGUGGAUACCUUCGAACUAAAGAUUUUUCAGGAACAAUAUCACAAUACCACAUUUAUAAUUCUACAGAGGCAUCACAUGAAGUAUGCAUGAUGUACGACUCUUCUCCGCCAAAACAUUGUUCAGAAAAUAGUACCUGUUUACAUAAUGAAACACUGAUUAUAGAAGAUCGCAUAACAAAAUCUAGAAAUUUGAGGAUUUCAGUGGCAGGCUGGCAUGAUUCUCACCCAUGGCCAUUGACGGCUAAUGAAGCUUCCGGUGUCGACAGCUAUUUCCUUACUAUACACGAAAUACUUGAAAUUGAUUCAUUAACACUCACAAUGGAUGAAAGGUCUUUGCUGAGUUAUAAACUUACACGUGAUAUUAAUGUUAUACAGUUGCCUGAUCGACAACCGGCGCUAUAUGGGCUUAGUUUAAAAGUUGGUGAUAAAGCAGGGAACUUCAAAUUGGCUAGGCGAUUUGUAUUGUUUGACAUUUCGUCAAAAAUUAAAACCAAUCGCGUCUGCAAAGUAACUGUGUCAUCUGGAAAUCCUGCAACAAAUUUCACAUGGCAAAUAAACCAUGGGGAAAUAUGCAUUAACUGGUCUGGAAGAUACUACAAUAGUUUCAAUGUUCACUUCAACAUACUUCGAAAAAUCAAACCAGAUUUUUAUAAAUUGUAUAGCGGAGUAUAUGAGCAGCUUGAAGGCCAACUCCCAGUCAGUGGAACGCCAAAUGUGAAUGGAAUUAUUGAGUUUCUCUAUGUCAUCAAAAGAAAUAAAGAAAUGUUACUGAACAACUCGGUUUCAAAUAUCUUUAAUCAAUCCUUUUGUCAUUUGCUGGAAUCUAAGGAUGGUGAGGUGUACGAUAUUACACUUACAGCAGUCGAUAUAAUAGGCAACCGUUUAAGUGAAUCACUGGUUGUUCGUAUGGAUUCAAGUGGUCCUGAAAUACAUUUUAUAAAGGAUGGCUCGCACCAGUCGUCGGAAAAUGUAACAAAUAAUCCAAAAUUAACAUUUGAAAUCCUGGAUGAACACAGUGGACUGUAUUCGGUAAAUUGGACAUUAGGUACCUCAGUAGGAAGUGCAGAUUUAGGCGCUGGAAAUCUUCCUGUUGUGCCUCAAUCGCAGAACUCCUGCGACCGUUUGAGCCUCUGUUAUUGUCCAGAGACUGGGAACUGCGAAAAGUAUUCGUAUACUGUUAACGCGUUUGAACACAGAUUCAAGAAUUCAGAUGAAACUCAUAAAACAAGUUAUUUUCUUACAAUUAAUGCAAUGAAUCACGCACUAUUGCUAUCAUCUUUAUCAAUGGAAAUCAAAGUGGACAAAUGCUUAACUAACAUAUGUCUAAAUGGAGGAAUAUGUUUCGUAGUGAACAGUAGCAAUGAAUGUUCGUGUCCGAAUACUCAUCAUGGAUCUCGUUGUCAAAACGCAUGCAUCAGACCAAAGCAUUGUGAGGAAUACGAGUGUACAUCGGCAGAAGAUUAUGUGUGUAAAAAGUGUUACGGAGAAGGGGCUACUCCUGAAAAAUCAGCAUAUUUUAUUUCCACAGAUAAGAAAAGCUACACGGAUUUAAUACCACCGCAAUUCGUCAACUGCCCCUCAGAUAAGAUACAGAAAUAUGAUUCAGGAGAAGGUUCCUAUGUAACAUGGGAACCAAUACACGCUGUGGACAAUGCUGGCAACCUGAGUCUCUCAAGCAAUAUAAAAAAUGGGGAUUUCCUUAUAUUUGGUAGUCAUCGUGUUAUCUAUAAUGCGACUGAUGAUUCUGGGAACAUAAAUACUUGUAACUUCGAAGUAAAAGUGACGAAGAUAAAAGAUAAAAUCUGUGAAUCUCCACCUCUGCCGUUUCAUGGUACUUUGGGUUGUCAAGACAAGGAAGAUCUUCAGUGCUCAAUGGAUUCCUGUAAUCCAGGAUAUCUACUAAGAAAUAAUCUGACACAUACCUGUAAGAAAGGACGUUGGGUGCCGGAGUUUCGGAAUGAUUUCAUAACAACCUCGUGUAUCAAACCAGAACCAACCUAUUUACAAAGAAAUUACACAUUUACUUUUAACUGUCCAUACCUGAAGUUUAAUGCAGCAGAGUUGAAGGACUGCAUUAAUCAGUCUGGACUAUGUCCCAGAGGAGAAAUCUUACUAUGCGACAGACCUUUUCAAAGAAUAGAAGGACAACAACUCUCAUCUCAGAAGUUGCAGAUAUGGAUGGUUAUGGAGGGAAUACUUCAAUACGGUGCAAACAAACAUCUUUUGAUUCAGCACCCCUACUAA